AUGACUGGCCGCGCGAUGGACCCGCUGCCCUCGCCGGCAGUCGCUGCGGCAGCUGAGGCGGAGGCUGACGAGGAGGCGGAUCCGCCGGCGACAGGCCCACGAACAUCCCAGGUCACUGAGUGGAGGGACCUGGACCCCGGGCGAAUGCAGAUGCCGCAGGGGAAUCCACUGCUGCUGUCCUACACCCUGCAGGAGCUGCUGGCCAAGGACACGGUGCAGGUGGAACUCAUCCCUGAGAAGAAGGGCCUGUUCCUGAAGCAUGUGGAGUACGAGGUUUCCAGCCAGCGCUUCAAGUCCUCUGUGUACAGACGCUACAAUGACUUCGUGGUAUUCCAUGAAGUGCUGCUUCACAAGUUCCCGUACCGCAUGGUACCAGCCCUUCCGCCCAAGAGAGUGCUGGGAGCCGACAGGGAGUUCAUCGAGGGACGCCGGAGGGCCCUGAAGCGCUUUAUCAACCUGGUGGCCCGGCACCCGCCCUUCUCCGAGGAUGUGCUUCUUAAACUCUUCCUCUCCUUCAGUGGCUCGGACGUUCAGCACAAGCUCAAGGAGGCGGCCCAGUGCGUGGGAGAUGAGUUCAUGAACUGUAAGCUGGCUGCUAGGGCCAAGGACUUCCUCCCAGCUGACAUCCAGACUCAAUUUGCCAUGAGCCGGGAGCUGAUUCGAAAUGUCUACAACAGCUUCUAUAAGCUUCGAGACAGAGCCGAGCGGAUCGCAUCCCGGGCCAUUGACAACGCUGCUGAUCUUCUCAUAUUUGGAAAGGAGCUUAGUGCUUUAGGCUCCGACACCACCCCUCUCCCCUCCUGGGCUGCUCUGCACCUCAGCACAUGGGGCUCUCUGAAGCAAGCGCUCAAGGGCCUCUCCGUGGAGUUCGCACUGCUGGCGGACAAAGCUGCACAGCAGGGUAAGAAGGAGGAGAAUGAUGUGGUGGAGAAGCUGAACCUCUUCUUGGAUUUGCUGCAGUCCUACAAAGACCUGUGUGAGCGGCAUGAGAAGGGCGUGCUUCACAAGCAUCAGCGGGCACUGCACAAAUACGGCCUGAUGAAGAGGCAGAUGAUGAGUGCAGCGCAUGGCCGAGAGCCCGAGUCUGUGGAGCAGCUGGAGUCACGAAUCGUGGAGCAGGAGAACGUGAUCCAGACUAUGGAACUCCGAAACUACUUCUCCCUGUACUGCCUGCACCAGGAGACGCAGCUCGUCCACGUCUACCUGCCUCUCACCUCGCACAUCCUGGGGGCCUUCGUGAACUCCCAGAUCCAAGGGCACAAGGAGAUGAGCAAGGUGUGGAAUGACCUGAAGCCGAAGCUGAGCUGCCUCUUCGCUGGACCUCACAGUGUAUUGACGCCACCGCGAUCCCCGCAGGAGGAUGGCGUGUGUCCCCACUAGUGGCAAGGCCCACGACAGAGCUCCCAUGGCCUCACUAAAACCUCUUUGCAAACAGUGUGUUCCUGGCUGACUCCCUCCAGGCAGCAGCCAUUCCCCUGAGCUGCCUGUGGGCUGCCGGUGGUCUUUGUGUCUCCCCGUUCCUGUUGUAGGAGGUCUUUGUGCCCCCAGUCUGCCCCUUGGCCUGUUGAUCAGGUCGGUAGUGGGAAAUUAGGGUGCUUUGGACUGGAUUGUGUCCGGUGCCCGCAGUAUUAAGGGCCUUUUGUACCCAGUAAGUGGUGUCUAGGGGAGCCUAGGGGUUAAUCUAGCAGCAAAGGGAUGGGAGGACUGGCCUGUCCUGUGGCCUGGCGAGGAGCUGGUCAGUCUCUGAGGGUGGGACGUAACUCGUCUACGGCCUGCAGCCAUUCUGUGAAGAGUGUUUGAGGCCAGGCAGAGGUCUGAUGCAGGCAGGAGCAGUGUGUAAUGUUUGGAGCAUUGGAGGACAUCUUCCACUCCAGUGCGAUCCUUGGAGCUCUGGUCCAGGGCCUUUCAAGGUCCACCGUGGAUGAAGGCUCAGGGUCUUUUUGUGUUGGGCUUCGAGGGUGGGAGUGCGGGGGGGGCUUGUGGGGAGCACUGGAGGUGGGCAUCCCUGUUGGGUGCCCAGGCCUCAGGCUGUCAGGCCGCAGGCUCCACCUGGAUGUGAGCCGUUUCCUUUACCAGCCCACUCACCAGCCCCUGCGCUUUAGUGCUCUAGGGCCCCCAAGCCUAGAAUAGAACCUGCCUUUUCUCACAUAGCCUUUCCCUGACUGGACUGUGGGGGCCUGAUGCCAAACCUGAGGUUCCACUUCCAGGGUUCAGAGGAACCAAGGGUCCCCCUACCCUUCUGGGCAUCGUUUUGUCUGAGCCUGUGUGGUGCCCCAGCCAUGCCAGAAAGACAGAGAAGCACACGAGGCACCGGGUCUCCUGCCUGCUUGUCCCUCUCCCCGGGCCGGGUGGGGCCCAGCGGGAGCCUUAACUGGACAGUCCUGGGGCCAUCAGUGGGAGUGAAGGGAAGGGGUUUAUUUGGUGCUCCCUACUUGGUGUUAGCCACCCUGGCUGAAGAAGCUAGACAGGGCAGUGGGGCUCUGGGACACUGCUGUGUGGACAGACUCUGGGCUAAGGGAGUCAAGCUGGUGCUAUGGGAUUUGGCUCGAUGAAUGAAGCACUUUAUGGACUGCGGGGAUCAGUUACUGCCACACCCAAUAAACUGGAAGUGUUUACAGAUGGUUUCCAUGCUGCAGUU